CCCUUUUCCUAUUGGCAUAUUGUUAUCAUCUCUAAAAUUCAAUCAAGCAAACGCACUCUGUCCCAAAACUGUUCAUUAAUUUGACUAAUGUUUUGAGGCAAUUUCUUCGUUUGCGAUAUCAAGACUUGGCUUUGAAAGUCGUCUGCUCAAAGCCAUGUUUAUGACAAGAUUUGUUGGGAGGAUGCUCUUAGCUGCAAAGUCUGAAAAUUCUGCAGCCUCCACAGCUGCUGCUUCUACAGCAACAUUAAUAAGAAACCCCCUCGAGGAGUUGUUUGAGAAAGAUAGGGGUCCUGAAGAUGAAAAACCUGUUUAUGGUCGAAGUUGGAAGGCAACAGAGCUUCGACUAAAGUCUUGGGAUGAUCUUCACAAGCUUUGGUAUGUUCUGUUGAAGGAGAAGAACAUGUUGAUGACUCAGAGGCAGAUGCUUCAUGCACAGAACCUUAGAUUCCCUAAUCCGGAGCGCAUUCCCAAGGUAAGGAAGUCCAUGUGCCGCAUCAAGCAUGUUCUUACUGAGAGAGCAAUUGAUGAGCCAGAUCCCAGGAGGUCUGCUGAUAUGAAGAGGAUGAUAAAUGCAUUAUGAAGAGAUGGUAAAUGCAAUAUGAUGGUUCCAACUUGUUUGGUCCGAUUGGGUUUGCUGUUGAUGUAUUUGUGUUAUGUUACAUUCUUGAAGUACCUCAUGCGCGUAUUUAGGCCGUUUGGUGGAAUUUUUAAGUUAGCGUAAUCGCUCCACCAAACGGAGUCCACGCCUCGGACUCGAAAAAUGAUUAUGCUUGCUUGUACAUGCGCAAGCCUAGUUUCUGGCUACUGGUUAUAUAGCUCGAUAUCUUGAUGAUCAAGCUAUAUAUUGAUGUGACAAGUUUGAAAGUAUUUCUCCACUUAACCUUGUUAGUGAUAUGUAUACAUUGUUCUUGAUUUGAA